AUGGGUUUUAUUGAAUGUCUACGAUGUGCACGUGAUUGUGGUUUUGUUGCUUUUCCUCUCAAUCGUCCAGUACCCAUGAAUGCAUGUCAACUUGCAGAACAAGAUAAUGCCCAAUGUUCAGUAAUUGUAACAAUUGAUUUCAAGAAACGUUUUGUUACCGGUGUAUUAAAUAUAGGAAAUCAUGUUAGUAUUGCUACUCUUCGGAUGGAAACUAAAUUUCAAGUAGAAUCAGGUUCAAUCAUGUCAACUAUAUGGUAUACAUGUGCAAUGUCGGAUUAUUGUGAUUUUGAAUUUCUUAAUGAACUAAUGACUGAUAAAUUAGCUAACUUGAAUGCAAUAUCUGUUCAACAAAAAUUAAUUGAUUUACUCUAUAAAUCAACACCUGAUCCAACAGAUAUUCAAUGCACUAAAGAAUUAUGUCCAGCUAAUAGUUUUUGUCAAGCAGAUCUACAAAACACGGUAACAUCACAAUAUAAUUAUACAUUCAUUAAUGAAAGUUUACCAUGUGUUCAUAUGUCAUCAAACAAUAGUUUAUUGGAAAUUAGUCAACGAUUUUCAUAUUCUGCAUUUCAAGUAGCGGCAAUGACUCUUUUAUGCAAUCAUAAAGAAUGCAAUAAUAACAGAACUGUAGAAGAAGCUUAUGCAUUAAUUCGCAAUGAAUUCACUAUACCACUUAAUUAUUCUAUAUUAAGUAUUAACAGAACUUCUAUCAUAACAACAACAUCGUUGCUAUCUGGUGGUUCAUUUUUAGUUCUAUCAUAUGGUAUUACCAUUUUUUUUCAGCUAUGCUUUUUCUUUUAUUUUUUUUAA